GGUAGGGGCAAAACUUUGGCGCCAUUUUUUCACAUUCUUAUAAAUACCGCUUCCCUGACCUAUCCCUCUCCCCCUCCUCCUCCCUCUCUCUCUCUCUCUCCGAAGAUCUGAAAAAUGCAGCGCCAAAAAUCGAUACUCUCAUUUUUUCAGAAACCCUCGUCGGAGACCAAUGGCUCCGGUGCUGGAAAUGUGAUCGGAAGCCGGCGAGUUCCUCAGUUUCCUUCUAAGCAGGAGAAGCAGAAAGGUUCCGCUCUCAAUCGGGCCACGAAUGAUGCUGCCAUGGACUCGUCUUUUGAAAUCAGAGGAACCGACACACCGCCGGAGAAGGUGCCGCGGCAGGUUUUGCCUGUGAAGUUCGCCACAAACGAGAACGACAGAGAUUCUUCCCUGUUCUCGAGUAUAAUGCAUAAGUUUGUGAAGGUUGACGAUGGAGAAAAGGCUAGCGAGAGGAAGUUGGGUGAUGGUGGUUUCUCUAAUGUUUCUACAAUAUCUGGUAGAUAUGUUGAGCCGGAAGGAUUGCAUAAACAAGAUGUGGCUUCCCAACGUCCCAAAAAGGGUGAUGUAGUCAAUUCUAGUGGGAUAGUUGAUCAACAAUGCGCCUUGCAUAUCGAAAUUGAUGACGAUAUUCUUGGGCCUGAAACGCCUGGUAUGAGACCUCUUGCUUCUUGUUUGAAGCGAUUUCAAGAGGAUAUUCCAAGUUGUGGGGUUAAGAAUGACACUUCCUUGAUGGAUUCGAGCAAAAGGCUGAAACUACUCCAUGAUUCAACAGUUUUAAAUAAGAAUCAUACAGAAGUAUCUGAUACAACGAGCAAGUUUGAGUGGCUUGACCCUGCUCGAAUCAAAGAUGCCAAUGGGCGAAGGCCUGGUGAUCCUCUUUAUGACAAGAAGACACUUUAUAUACCACCAGAUGCUCUGAAGAAAAUGUCAGCAUCUCAGAAACAAUAUUGGAGUGUCAAAUGUCAAUAUAUGGAUGUUGUGCUUUUCUUUAAAGUGGGAAAGUUUUACGAGCUUUAUGAACUAGAUGCUGAAAUUGGCCAUAAGGAGCUUGACUGGAAAAUGACAUUUAGUGGUGUGGGGAAAUGUCGGCAGGUCGGUAUAUCUGAAAGUGGGAUAGAUGAUGCUGUUCAAAAGCUUGUUGCUCGUGGAUAUAAAGUUGGACGAAUAGAGCAGUUGGAGACAUCUGAUCAAGCAAAAGCCAGAGGUUCAAAUUCUGUAAUUUCAAGAAAAUUGGUUCAGGUAGUCACCCCAUCAACCGCAACUGAUGGUAAUAUUGGGCCUGAUGCUGUUCAUCUUCUUGCAAUAAAAGAGGAGCAUUCUGGCUUGGAUAACGGUUCGAUUGUAUAUGGCUUUGCUUUUGUGGAUUGUGCUGCUUUAAAAAUUUGGGUUGGUUCAAUCAAGGAUGAUGCGUCCUGUGCUGCUCUUGGGGCUUUGCUGAUGCAGGUGUCGCCGAAAGAAGUUAUAUAUGAGAGUAGAGGGCUGUCCAAGGAAGCUCAUAAAGCCCUCAGAAAGUACUCAUUAACAGGUCCUGUUACACUGGAAUUGAGUCCGGUGCAGCUGAUUACAGAUUUCAUGGAAGCUUCUGAAGUUAGAAAUUUGGUGCAAUUGAAGGGAUACUUUAAAGGGUCUUCUACUUUAUGGAAUCAUGUCCUUGAUAAUGUGAUGCACCAUGAUAUUGCCUUAUCUGCUCUUGGUGGACUAAUAAGUCAUCUAUCCAGGUUGAUGUUAGAUGAUGUCAUACGGAAUGGAGACAUACUGCCAUAUCAAGUUUAUAGGGGUUGCCUCAAAAUGGAUGGACAGACACUGGUCAAUCUUGAGAUUUUCAGUAAUAAUGCUGAUGGUGGUCCAUCAGGUACUUUGUACAAAUAUCUUGAUAAUUGUAUGACAUCAUCUGGUAAGCGGCUUUUAAGGAAUUGGAUCUGCCAUCCGCUAAAAGCUAUUGAAGACAUUGAUAAUAGGCUUAAUGUGGUUGAAGAUUUAGUUGCACGUUCAGAAAUUAUGUCACUUGUUGCUCAAUAUCUUCACAAGCUUCCUGAUUUAGAAAGGUUGCUUGGACGGAUUAAAGCUAGUGUUCAGUCAUCAGCUUCUCUGUUACUGCCCUCAUUUGGAAAAAAAGUAUUGAAACAGCGAGUUAAACUGUUUGGGUCACUUGUGAAAGGCCUGCGUGUUGGAUUUGAUCUCUUAACACUAUUACAGAAUGAGGGGCAUAUAAUCAAGUCUUUAGCAAAAGUAUGUAGAAUUCCAAUGCUAAGUGGUAGUGAUGGGCUGGACCAAUUCCUUGCCCAAUUUGAAGCAGCUGUAGAUAGCGAGUUCCCGAAUUACCAGAAUCACAAUAUAAUAGAUUCAGAUGCUGAAACACUCUCCAUUCUUAUUGAGUUAUUUAUUGAAAAAGCUACUCAAUGGGUUGAAGUCAUUUAUGCCAUCAACUGUAUCGAUGUACUAAGAUCUUUUGGAGUCACUGCUACUUUAUCAUGCGGGGCGAUGUCUAGACCUGUUUUUUUGCCUCAAUCUGAAAAUAUGACUGUGGGGGAAGAAACGGGACCCACGCUUAAAGUUAAAGGGCUAUGGCAUCCAUUUGCCCUUGGAGAGAAUGGAGGAUUGCCUGUCCCAAAUGACAUUAUCCUUGGUAAGGAUAUAGAUGGUUAUCAUGCUCGAACUUUGCUAUUGACCGGACCUAAUAUGGGUGGGAAAUCAACUCUCUUGCGUGCAACAUGUCUAGCUGUCAUACUGGCACAGCUGGGCUGCUAUGUGCCCUGUGAGUUGUGUGUUCUCUCACUCGUGGAUAUUAUCUUCACACGGCUUGGUGCUACUGAUCGAAUCAUGACCGGGGAGAGUACCUUCUUCGUUGAGUGCAUGGAAACAGCAUCAGUUCUUCAAAAUGCCACUCAAGAUUCUUUGGUUAUUCUUGAUGAACUGGGUCGAGGAACAAGCACUUUUGAUGGAUACGCCAUUGCAUAUGCGGUAUUUCGCAAUUUGAUCGAAAAGGUUAACUGUCGACUGCUAUUUGCUACACAUUACCACCCACUUACAAAGGAAUUUGCUUCUCAUCCUCAUGUCACCCUGCAACACAUGGCCUGCACUUUCAAGUCAAAAUCGGACUGCAAUUCUAAAGGUGACCAGGAGUUGGUUUUUCUGUACCGGCUAACCUCUGGAGCAUGCCCAGAGAGCUAUGGAUUGCAAGUGGCAACGAUGGCUGGAAUUCCGGAACAGGUGGUUGAAGCUGCAUCAAAGGCUGGCCAAGUGAUGAGAAAAUCACUUGGCGAAAGUUUCAGGUCAUGUGAGCGGAGAUCAGAGUUCUCGACCCUACAUGAAGAGUGGUUGAAGAUGCUGAUGGGUGUUUCUCAAACCGGAGAUUGUAAUUUUGACGACAGUGAUGCUUUUGAUACGCUGUUUUGCUUGUGGCAUGAGCUAAAGAGCUCAUAUGGAUCGCAUGGCAUUUAUAAGUAGAGUCUGUAAGUAUCAACAUCCGAUAAGAUUUUAUUUUUUAACCUGAAUUUGUAAAUUUGGGAAAAGGGAAAUGGCAGCCAAAGCAUCUUUGACGUG